CCCGCCGUCAAUCUGCCCAGGUCGGGGUGGUGAUUUGCCGCGGGGCCCAUACCCCAGCAAGCCCCGCCCGGCUCGCGUAGACUGCGCACUCGGGGUGGGAGCGGGGUGCAGCGCCACUUCUGGAGCUGUUGCGGUCGCUGUCUGCCCGACUGCCCGCUAGCCGGUCCCUCCUGCAGCCUGCCUGCUGGGCAGGGCCGGCCCGGCCCGGCCCGGCCCGGCCAUGGAGUCCUACGACAUCAUCGCCAACCAGCCCGUGGUCGUCGACAACGGUUCAGGGGUGAUCAAGGCUGGCUUUGCAGGAGACCAGAUUCCCAAAUACUGUUUCGCAAACUAUGUCGGGCGCCCUAAGCACAUGCGGGUAAUGGCUGGAGCCCUGGAGGGGGACCUCUUCAUCGGACCGAAAGCAGAGGAGCACCGGGGGCUGCUGGCCAUCCGCUACCCCAUGGAGCAUGGUGUGGUGAGAGACUGGAAUGACAUGGAACGCAUCUGGCAGUAUAUCUACUCCAAGGAUCAGCUGCAGACCUUCUCCGAGGAGCAUCCUGUUCUGCUAACGGAAGCUCCACUCAACCCAAGUAAGAACCGGGAAAAGGCAGCCGAGGUGUUCUUUGAGACCUUCAAUGUGCCAGCACUGUUUAUCUCCAUGCAGGCCGUGCUCAGCCUGUACGCAACAGGACGCACGACAGGAGUGGUUUUAGACUCAGGAGACGGGGUCACUCAUGCUGUCCCCAUCUACGAGGGCUUUGCCAUGCCACACUCUAUCGUGAGGGUGGACAUUGCUGGCCGCGACAUCUCCCGCUAUCUCCGGCUCCUGCUGCGCAAGGAAGGCAUUGACUUUCACACCUCGGCUGAGUUUGAGGUUGUCCGGACCAUCAAAGAGCGAGCCUGCUACCUGUCCAUCAACCCACAGAAGGAUGAAGCUUUAGAGACAGAGAAGGUGCAGUACACCCUGCCGGAUGGCAGCACACUUGAUGUGGGACCAGCGCGGUUCCGGGCCCCCGAACUGCUGUUCCAGCCGGACCUGAUAGGGGAUGAGAGUGAGGGGCUACAUGAGGUGCUGGCCUUCGCCAUUCACAAGUCCGACAUGGACCUGCGCCGGACGCUGUUUGCCAACAUAGUGCUUUCGGGUGGCUCCACACUUUUCAAAGGCUUUGGUGACCGAUUACUAAGUGAAGUGAAGAAGCUUGCCCCAAAGGACGUCAAAAUCAAGAUCUCGGCCCCUCAGGAGCGGUUGUACUCCACAUGGAUCGGUGGCUCCAUCCUGGCCUCACUGGACACGUUUAAGAAGAUGUGGGUAUCCAAAAAGGAGUAUGAAGAGGAUGGCUCCCGUGCUAUUCAUCGUAAAACCUUCUAGUGUCCACGAGGAGGGCGUGUCACGUUGGGAGAGGGAGGAGGAGGAGCCAGGGCCCUCGGUCCUGUCUGGUCUGGGCUCACACACUAGGCUAGGGUCUUGUCCCAUGCACGCCUUGAAUUCUGGGCAGGUGAUGUAGCAGUGCCUCCCAGCAGCCUUUCCUUCUGCACAUACAUGUGUGUGUGCAUGUGCACACAUGCACACACCCACUUUCACACAGGGAUGGGAGCCUUGACCUAGAAUGUAGGAAUUGAGGAACCCAGCUUCGGGUAGUUCUGGGAGUCUCCCUGGCAGGGCCGUUAGGCCUGUGGUUCUUUGCACUGAACCUCAGGGCUGCUGCUUGGAGCUCCAAGGGCAGACACCCAAAUGCCCCCAUUUUGUCCGACAGGAUUCUUCCCAGGGCCAGAGUGCCUGUGUCACGAGCCAUGGGGAAUGGGGUGGAGGAGGGGAGUGGCUGGCAGCUCCCCACUGGUGCGUCACUGCUGCUAGUGCCACCGCCUCUUCCUGACCCUGUGGGCAGCCCAGAGGGCCGCACUAUCCUCCCGUCUUCCAGAGUUGAUGGCUUGUGUAGACCGAGUACUGGGCAGUCUUCCAUCCCCAGUGAGGGGAUCCAGCCUAGGGUCGGACCCUUCAGAACCAGGGCAGAGGGUGCAUGGGGUUCAGGCAGCCACGGUUCGUUAUGGUUUCCGCCUCAGAGCACUUCAUUGACUUGCGCCCUCUUCUUUACCCAGUACCCUGGGUGCAAAAGGGUUAAUGGUCUUCACUUAUUGAGGGAAAGCCACUCAAUCAGUCAGACCUAGAGGGGGUUGAGGGGGUGCAAACUUACUUCUCCCACUCUCCCACAAAACAGGUCUUCAUUAACCCUGUGGCCAGGCCCCUCACCUCUUCCCAUUUAUGUACAAUAAUUUAACACAGUUGCCUGAAAAAAAACUUUCGUAAAUGAUUGUAGUAAUGAUGGACAAGGCCUGGUGUGUGGCUCUGACUUCUUGUGGUUCUUUGUGCUGUUGUUUGUUCAUUCAUCCCUGGGGACUUGGAGAGAAAGGACCAGUGAGAACAAAGCGUGGCACUGGCUCCAGCCAGAAGCCCGAGAGUUUCCAUGGUCGGCAGGGCAACGUGGCUCGGGAGGCCUCAGGAGACUGGACUCUCAACCUGUUGGUAGAAUUCCCCAGCCUCAUUACCCACUUGCAGUCUGCCAGGAGAAGCAGAGAAGGAGGCUGCCUUCCUCCGCCUUAUUCCUGGACAGGACCUCGUGCUGGCAGGGCCAGGACUUGGUGUAGCUGCAUCCUUUCCUGUUCUGUUUGGGCUGCUCUGCUUCCCAGCUCAGCUGUACCUCAGGCUGACAGACCAACAGGAAUGCCGGCUCAGCGCUCAGAGCAGUCGGGAAGGAGUGCAGUGGAGGAGGUGGAGAAGGCUGUGCUGAUGAGCAGGCUUCGAAGGAAGAGGCGGUGGGGGCAGAGGGAGCAGCAGGUUCAGAGAGUGUCUGCCCUGCCCUUCCUUCAUCAAGUAUUUGAACACCUAAAGCAUACCCAGGAGGGUGCCAUUUCUGGGGCAAAUGGUAAACUACAUGUCUUUGCCCUGAAAACAUACAGGUCACUGGAGGAAGAUAAAUAGGCUGUUUUGAUAGAAAGUGGGGACUGAGGAGGGGCAUCCAACCCAGCGGGUGGGACAGGCUGACUUGUACCAGUGCAGGAGGGGCUCCCCAGGUAGGGGAGGGUGUUCUAGGUGGAGGAAGGAGCUCGAGAAGAUCCCUGAGACCUGCGGGGCUGGAGAGAAGGGCGGGGACCCAGGCGAUCCCAAGUCAGCAGGAGAGGCUCACACACUGUCCUGCCCUGCUUUGCCUGUCAGCCUCUACUCACACUGUUCUCUCUAUGGGGCUUGUGGCUAUAUACAAGGUAAACCAAAAAACUAGUUUGGGGCCAGCAUGUGCAAGGCCUUGAGAGGAUUUUUAGGUGUGUCCCGGGUGAUAGCCAGCCAGCCAUGGGAAGAUGGACAUCAUAGCUGUGUGUCGAAGGCAGUUGGAGUUGGUGGGGCUAAGAGAGGGCCCCAAACUGAGGAGAUGAGGUAGGAGGAGAGAGAUCAUUUCACCAGGCCUGUCUCUGCAAGGCAUUUUGUUAGGCUUUGUGGUCACAGAGCAGUUUAGCCUGUACGUGCCUUCAAUGGGAAACAGAAUUUACAGAGAACCCCUUGGGGUUCUGUUCAUAGCACUGCUUUCUCCCGAGCACACAGGUUUGAAGCCUUAUGACUUUGACUCCUCCCUUUCCCUUGCCUCCUCCACAUUCUGUCAGUUACUAAGUUCUGUUGGUUUUUCUGUAGUACCUUUCCUACCCAUCAUUUCUUUUCCUUGGUGGCCACUGUCACCCUAGCUCAUGACCAUAGCUCCAUUCCCCUCUCCAUCCAGCCCAUCUGCUCUUGGAUCUAAAUCCCAGACAACCUUGGUUCUGUCACUUCAUGAUCCAGAAUGUCAAGCUGUUCUUCACUGCCUGAUGGAAUAAAACAAUUGAUGUGACACUGGUGAAGUCACCUUCACACACUA